CUCUGGCUCUCAGUCCAGACUGCUGCUCCAGACCUCACCGCCCCUAUCCAUUCAAACCAACUUUAAGGCACACGUCUGUGUGUGUGAACCUGCAUUUCAUCCAGAGCCUGCUGUGUGCCUUCAGGAGCCUCUUAGUUUGUUAAAGCUUCAGUUGGAGGAUCGUGAGCAAGAUGAGGAUCGUACUACUGCUGCUGGUCGCCCUGGCAGGGCCUUUCUGUACCUUUAUCCAAGCAAGUACUCUGGUGGUGCCAACAUUGGCUGAGGUGACUCCAGAGCCAGUCAUUUCAUCAGACACGACUGCUGUCAUUGUCAAAACAGAAGCACCAGAAGCACCAGAAGCACCAGAAGCUCCUCAAGAGGCUACUUUAACACCAGGGCAUGUUUCUACAGAAGCAGCUGCCUCAACAGAUGAACCGCCAUCAGUUUCCACAGAAGCACAAGCUACACAAUCAGAAGUCCCAAUAAAAACCACAUCCCCAGGAGAUGAAGCAAAAUCAACAGCUCUACCAGCAGUGGUGGGAGCCACCACUAAAGCCCCCAAUGAGGUCACAGAGUUGAAAGCAAAUACAGAAGACGCUAAAAACAUGGAAAUAGGGUCUGGCGAGGAUGUAGACAUUGUGGAGGAAGGUAUGGGCACGGGACAGUUGGUGGGGAUCGUAAUCGGCGCAUUGGUCGGAGUGAUUGUUGUCAUUGCUGUUAUCAUCUUGGUGGUCAGAAGAAUGGGCCAGUACUCGACUGCAAAGAAACGAAAGCCUCAAAAACAAGACAGCAUCUUGAUCUCUCCCCUGAAAAGGAAGGCGCGACAGGAAGAGAAGAAGAAGAAAUUGCGGAAGUUCUGAACUAUUGUUCUAAUGUUUUAAACAAUGUGAGCAGCACUCUCACCAUCCACCCAGGACUAAGGGGAGCAGGAGAGUGCCCCAUCCCCUUUCCAAUUGAAAAAGAUGCUCUCCCCAACAACCCUCUGACAAAAACACCCACAAGCCCCUUAUUUAGUCUGAAAAAACAAAACAAAAACAUUUAUACACUAACAGUGGGAGGCUACAGGAAGUUACAAUAUCUUUAAUGCAUAUGUAACAUGAUGUUAAUGGAUGUGGUCUCACUAACUGUGAGUUUGUGAAUGGCCUAAUAAACGAAAAUUAGCAAAGAACUGCACAUGCAAGCAAAAGCUUGCAUGUUUGUUUUAAUUCCACUGAGUGUAAAUAUCAUACAAAGAUAUUUAAUGCCUUCAUGUGUGACAAAAAGCCAAUCCAAGAUCAUUAUUUUUCUCAAUUUCUCUUUUUCCUCUCUGCAGAUGUGUUCAAUAGGACUAUGACGCAUUAUGUACAGUUUAUGAUGCAUAUAGGCAGAUGCUGUGGACACAUUCUGUUCCCAGAAUAGGCUCCAGAUGUGUAAUUUACUGGCCUAGCAGCAUUAACUAAUUUUAUUAAUUCAUAUUUAAGGGGAGCAGCACACAAUCAGUGCUUGAGAUUUACUCUUUUGAAGUGCAUUAAUACGGAGUGUCUUGACUGUGUUGUUAACUGUCACCCAUUCCAAAAGUGACAUCACUUCCUCUGGGAUGCAUCAUUAUUAUGUGUUCCAAUCAGCUUAGCUUCAUGCGUGCAGCUGGCAUGUAUAACUAAAAUCCUGAUGUUUCUCACCAUGGAUUACGACAUUUUAACAGCAUACAGACAUUUUGCAUGGUUUAGUUGUUUGCAUUUCUUUUUUGUCAAUGUUGGGUUUGUGUUUCUUACUGACGCUCUAGCGUGGCUAUCCUGGGCUUUGCUUUAAGAGAUCAGUAAUAGGUGCACUGAAUGAUGAAGAAUAAAUGUUCAAUAUUGAGAAAGGACUUUAGACACUGCAACAGUUUGCAAAGAUAUAUAUAUAUUUUUGUUUUGUCAGAUUCCUCUUUAUAUCCCUUCACUAUAUGAUCACAUUUUACCAUUAGAUCUCAGAAUUCACUUAUAACUGAGUGGUUAUGUGUUUUUUUGUUUUGUUUUUAUUGUUCGGUUUCAAUAAAAAAAGUUCCAAAGUA